CUUCGGUUUAGCAGGUGCCAAGGCGCUUUUUGUAAGGAUUUGAAUAUGUUUGAAGGCUAUUUGAAUAUCGCCCAAUGGCCAGGCUAGGGGGGAGGAUCCACCGCUCACUUAAGUUACAGCGAGUUAAAAUGUUCAUCAUGUUGGAAUCAGGCAGGUUGUAAAUUGAGAGGCAAAAUAACCGGCGUGGAGGGGAGAGAGCGAGCGAGCGAGACAGCGAGAGGGAGAUGGGGAACGUUGGAUCAAAAUCUCUCCAAGCCCACUCCGAAGUAUAAAUGAGGCUUGGGGAAAGAACUCAUAACUUGGACAGUUUGCAAGGUCCCAUCGCUGUUGCAUGGAUGAAACUGAGAGCAAGUUUUGCAGGGCUUUUGGUUUCUAAUUCUGCAUUAAUUUUUAUUCAGUUGAAAAGCAUGUUUCCAAAGUUUCCCCCCGUUCUACAGAGCAGGAAGCCGACUCAUGGGAUGUUGUAGUUGGAGUGCCUGUAUUCACCUCGGUUCUCUCAAGGCUCAGUCGAAGGCGCCGCUUCUCCUUACCAUGAUCAUAGUCUUCACCUAUUUUGUCUACUGUCUGACGGGCUGCUGCGACACCAUGCCGAGCCCCAUCCCUGUGUCUCCCCAGCGCCGGGCGGCCAGCCCACCGGUCGCAGCCGCUGACUUGGGGCGAUACCAGGGCAGGGAGCCGCCCGAUCGCUCUCCCUACCCCGCUCCUCAGGACGAGGAAGCCGCCGCGGGGCGCUGGAAUAUCUCUGUCUUUAACAAUUUUGGGAGUAAAAAGUUUCCCCAGGCCGUGAUAAUCGGGGUGAAGAAAGGGGGCACAAGGGCUCUACUGGAGUUUCUGCGGAUUCAUCCGGAUGUCAGAGCCGUGGGAGCAGAGCCGCAUUUCUUCGACAGAAACUACGAGAGGGGACUGGACUGGUACAGGAACCUGAUGCCUCGGACUCUAGAAGGGCAGAUCACCAUGGAGAAAACCCCUAGUUAUUUUGUCACUAAAGAAGCCCCGAAGCGGAUCUUCUCCAUGUCAAAAGAUACUAAACUGAUUGUGGUGGUCAGAAACCCUGCGACCAGAGCUAUCUCAGAUUACACUCAAACCCUCUCCAAGAAUCCAGGCGUACCCAGCUUUCAGAUGCUGACCUUUAAAAACAUUAGCACGGGCCUCAUUGACACAUCUUGGAGUGCAAUCCGCAUUGGGAUUUAUGCCAAACACCUGGAAAACUGGCUUCAGUAUUUUCCCCUUUCCAAGAUUCUUUUUGUGAGUGGGGAGAGGCUCGUUAGUGAUCCGGCCGGUGAGAUGGGCCGUGUGCAGGAUUUUUUGGGGCUUAAGAGAGUCAUUACUGACAAGCAUUUCUAUUUUAAUGAGACCAAGGGCUUUCCUUGCCUGAAGAAGCCUGAAGGCAGCAGCCGGCCUCGCUGCCUUGGUAAAUCAAAGGGAAGGACUCAUCCUAAAAUAGAUAUGGAUGUUGUUCUUCGGCUUAAAGAGUUCUACAGGCCAUUUAAUCUGAAGUUCUACCAGAUGACAGGCCAUGACUUUGGCUGGGAGUAAAAUGUGUUAUACCAAGCACAAAACUGGUAACUAACUGCGUAUAAAGCAACCAAGUUUGUUCAUUUUAACCUUUUCUGAGCACUCAGUUUCUCUGCAAACUUGUAAAAUUCAAUCUUGUUUGCCUCAAUUUUGCUAGUAUUCACUGAACCUUUUACAGGUCAUUUUUUAUGCUAAACAUUAUAAAAGAAGAAUGCAAAAAUGUCAAACAACAAACCAAGGAAUAAUUGUCAUAAAAAGAUUAUAAGUGCUACCUUCAUACUUGGAUGAUAGUGAAAAUGAAUUGCAAGAUCUUACCAGUCCAGAAAUGCCCAAUAUUAGGGAUAAUCAUUAGUGGUGGUGAGAUUAAAAAUAAAUGAUAUUGCUAGGCUCUUUUUCUGCAGUAUUCUGAAUCUGUUCUUAGCACCUAUUGUGUUAUCCAAGGCAAGUGACAUUUAUUCUGAAGCUAAAUGCUGGCUCCAACAAACGAAGGCAAUCUGAAUCACAAAAUUAACUUAAUUAACUGCAGAAGUGUUUAUCGUGAAUCUGAUCUGGAUUCACCGUUUGCUUGGCAUUUCAAAAAAUUCUGUCCCUUUUUCCAUUUUAGGAUUAAUCUAUCUAAUUAGUUGAGAUAAUUGUCCUUCUUUUUAAUUCUUUAACAUUAAAUAUGAUUUGCAUCAAUGUCAUUUCAAAAAUGUUAUCCUGUCUAGAAAGAAUUAUAUUUAAUAUUGCAAACAAUGAAUACAUGAACAAAGUUUACAGAAUGUGUCAGGAAGCAAAUUAAUUCACUUGUUCAGUUUUGGACUCCUAGAAAACAUUUUGUAUGUUGCCCUUGAGGAUAUCUUCACUUGCAGUAGUUGGAAAUGGACAAAAGUACCACCCAAAAUUAGACUGAAUUAUAUUUAUGGAACCUUAGACUGAAAAGAAAUCACACCUGAUUCAAAUUGACCCAAAUCCAUAGUUUACUGGAUAACUCAUUAAUAAAAUGGAAAAGUAUUGUAAUUUCUUAUCUUUGUUCCUGGUGUACAAAAUUGAAGGUGUAGUGCAUGUGACUACAUCCAUUGAAAUCUUUUUGGAAUAGAUUGGCACACAAUCAGUUACCAUCCACUGAUGCUUGUUUGUCAGCUCAAUGAAAGGAACCUUCAUGUCAUUAAAUACUCUGAGAAAUUGAAUGGAGUUUGGACCUGUUGAUCCAACUUUAAUUUGGUCUCCUUGGCCUUUUCCCUGUCUCUAUCCUGAGCAUGUGUAUGAACAAGGCAGUAACAAAUUUGAUACCUGUGCCUGUAGCCUGUAAGCUACUAAACUGAUUUGCCUCUUGCUAGGUGAUGGAAAGUAGUUUUACAUAAAGUGAUAAAACAAUGCUUUAAAGAAUACUCCAUAUUUCAGUGAAAAUGAGCAAAAGUAUACAAAGAACUGUCAUUUGUUUUGCACAUAUCACUUUGUCUUUGGAAGGGCUGAAAAUGUCAUAACUUAAUAUUAUCCCCAUAAAGGGAAUGAAAAUAAGAUAUUGUUGCACUUCUACAGCCUAACACCAAUCUAGUCCGGUGCCUGGGUGCAUCACUAUUAUAGAAGCAAUGGAAACCUCCCAAGAAGAGUGAUUUCAUUUAACUGCAGUCUUUACUCCUUGAUGAUUCUUACCUGCUGCUUAGACAUCAUUCUGUGGAACAAAAAGUAUAGAUGACCAAUCUGUAUCCUGUUAGAGAAUUAGGUUACACCUCCACUGCAAGUCUAUUCUUUCAGAUAAGAGCAAGAGUUCUGUAUUCAUAAUUGGAUCAUCAUCAGAUAUGAAAAAGGCAUCUUCCUGAUAUCAAAUGCAACCAUUUAAAAAUGUCUGGUUUGUCAUUAGCAAGCUGAGUAAGCCACAAGAUGAGAGCCUCACAAAUCAUGACUUGGUAUUAAAUGCCACAACCAAAUUAUAAUUAUCUUGAGAAACACAUUUAAUGAUGGAAAAUUUAUCCAUGUUUAAUUUUGUCGAACGCCAGUGGACAAAAGGAGCAAUCCUGAAAAUGUUGGCUCUUGCCUCUGGAUUCCAUACUUUAAACUGUUACUUUACAUUGAUAUGGUUUAAUGUUGUAUUCAUAAUGUAUAGUUAAGAGUAACUAAUAUAAUUUCUUUCAACUAAAGUCAUGUAUGUUUUGCACCCUGCUUACUACUUACAUUUUUGUGGAGUUGCAUUAUUUUAGUACAGUUCACUUAACACUGAAACUGUAUAUGGUAAUUAUUUCUGAUGAACAUAAUUAACUGAAAUCAUUGGUAGCCAUUAUGUUAAAGAAACUAUUAUUUUAAGUAAUAUUUCAUCAUUUAAACUCUAUAUUCACUGAGAAAUUAUUCUUGUUUCUAUAAACAAAACAUAUUUUCUAUCAUUUGGUUUCUAAAGUGAUAAUUCCUCAAAAGAGAAUGUUUUAUUUUUUUGCUGUCAGAAAACACAUUCAUUUAUAAAGGAGGUUUCUCUAUCAUAUUCAGAGCAUGGAUUUUUCCUCUUUAGGAAGCUAAGAGUAAUUGUUUUUUUAUUAUUUCUAGAUUGAGAGCAAUGUUUAACUGAUGUAAACUUCUUAAAUUUUGGAUAUUUAUAUGUUAUAGCAUUCUUCGAUUUAAAUUAUAUUUGCA